CGCCCAAGCGAAAGUCAACAUCUUUUCUCUGUUUUAUUAGUGUGGAUAGGUUAGUGCCAGUCGUAUCCUUCGACCAUUUUCUCCAUGGAUAUAUAGGUGCUGGUGAUAGGGUCAAACUCAAACGGGAAGAGAGAGAAGGAAAGAGUGAGGGAAGAAGAUAAUCAGUAGAUUUAUGUGAUUCGGCGCUCAACUGCAGUAAAUGGGCAUUUGAUUUCUACUAUAUUUAAUUGCCUUCAUGAAAGGCUCGAGAGAUAGAUUGAUCUUCAAGCGAUAGGAGCUGAGUUCUAAAGCAGGAAAUUAAAAAAAAGUGGAAAGCUUUGAGAAGAAAUUUCUCUGAACAAAUUUCCUGCUACUGCGCCUUUUAGGGAUCUGAAAGUUUGUGCUCUUCGAAUUAUGAGAUUGCGGAGUCUCUUGUGUCUGAAUCUCCGAUAAAGGGUUUUAGUGGGAUGAUAAGUACACUUUCUACCUGCCUCUGGAGUAGAAUUGGAGUUUGCUUCAGGUGUUUGGUGUAAUUGAAGGUGUAGAAAAAGAACGCGUUCAUGCAUCUUUCACUAUGGAAGCCAAUAUCUUUCUGUGCUUCUCUGAUCUUGGACAAAAAGGGUAGGAAGAAGAAUGGGGCUAACCAUUCCACGGAAGAAGUUAGAAACCCAUCCAUUCUGAGGAAGUUACAAGAGCACAAGCUCAGGGAAGCACUUGAGGAAGCAUCUGAAAAUGGGUCUCUUUUUAAAUCCCAAGGAAUGGACUCAGGAGCCAUAGGAAACCAGGAUGAGAGCUUGGGGAGAUCGCGGUCACUCGCUAGACUGCAUGCCCAGAAGGAAUUCCUCAAAGCCACUGCUCUUGCUGCGGAUCGCACAUUUGAGUCUGAAGACUCAAUUCCAGAACUCCAUGAAUCCUUCUCCAAGUUCCUCACCAUGUACCCUAAGUACCAGGCAUCAGAGAUGAUUGACCAGCUGAGGUCAGAUGAGUACUCUCACCUUUCUGGGUCCGGUCCUAAGGUAUUUCUUGACUACUGUGGAUUUGGGCUGUUUUCAUUUCUUCAAACUGUUCAUUAUUGGGAUUCAUCUACAUUUAGUCUGUCUGAGAUUACUGCCAAUUUGAGUAAUCAUGCUUUGUAUGGGGGCGCUGAGAAAGGCACUGUGGAACAUGAUAUCAAAGCAAGAAUUAUGGAUUACUUGAACAUCCCUGAGAACGAAUACGGCUUAGUGUUUACUGUUAGUAGAGGAUCAGCCUUUAAAUUGCUGGCUGAAUCAUACCCAUUUCACACGAACAAGAAGUUGUUGACAAUGUUUGAUCAUGAGAGCCAAUCUGUCAAUUGGAUGGCUCAGGCUGCCAGGGAGAAAGGUGCCAAAGUAUACAGUGCGUGGUUCAAAUGGCCAACCCUCAAGCUCUGUUCAACAGACUUGAGGAAACAAAUCUCAAACAAGAAGAGGAGAAAGAAAGACUCGGCUGCUGGUCUUUUUGUUUUUCCUGUCCAAUCUAGAGUUACUGGAGCGAAGUACUCUUAUCAAUGGAUGGCUUUGGCUCAGCAGAACAAUUGGCAUGUCCUGCUUGAUGCCGGUGCGCUGGGUCCCAAAGACAUGGAUUCCCUAGGGCUGUCUUUGUUUCGACCAGAUUUCAUCAUAACGUCCUUUUAUAGAGUAUUUGGAUAUGACCCAACAGGUUUUGGAUGUCUUCUCAUAAAAAAGUCCGUGAUGUCAAGUCUUCAAAAUCCAUCUGGCCAUGCCGGAUCUGGUCUAGUGAAAAUCACUCCGGUUUUCCCCUUAUAUCUGAGUGAUUCAGUAGAUGGCUUCCCUGGAUUGGCCGAAGAUGGUGAAGCAGGAGGGGAUGGUAAUGAGGUUAUCACGGAAUCUUGGCCAGCAUCACAGCUUCCUGCGUUUUCUGGUGCCUUCACAGCUGCCCAGGUCAGGGAUGUUUUUGAGACAGAUAUGGAGCAUGAGAACUUCUCAGACAGGGAUGGAACAAGCACAAUAUUCGAAGAGACAGAAAUCCUAUCUAUCGGCGAGGUAAUGAGAAGUCCUGUCUUUAGUGAAGAUGAAUCAUCUGAUAAUUCUCUGUGGAUAGAUUUGGGUCAUAGCCCAUUGAGUUCUGACAGUGCUGGCCGUUCAUACCACCAAAAGACAUCCUCUCCAGCACCACCAUUUUGGUUCUCCGGCAGGAAGAAUGAUAAGCGUCUGUCUCCUAAACCUACAAAGAUAUUGAACAGCCCAAUAUACGACAAGGAGUUGUCAUUUGAUGCAGCUGUGCGCUCGGUGUCUCAAGAGUUUGACCAUUUCCAGGAUAUUCCUGAAGAAGAACAGUUCAUUGAAGGAAUUUUUCCAUCAAGAGAAUAUGUUAAUGAGAUAGAAGAAGAAAUGGAACCCAGAAGUCCUGGGAAUGGUCUUAACAACAUGGCUUCAUCUUCCAAGCGCCUUCCAAAUGGUUCAACGUCUGAGAUAUGUCGUGAGAUUAAAGACAGUGCAAUAAGAAGAGAGACAGAGGGUGAAUUCAGAUUGCUGGAGAGGAGGGAAGGGAGCAGGUAUGGUGGUGGGAGAUUUUUUGGCAUAGAUGAAGCUAGUCAGGUGCCUAGGAGCAGGGGAAGAAGGGUUUCCUUCACCAUGGAAGAUAGCUACAGGGAUCAUCUAAGCCAGCCUGGGGAGAGUAGUCUAGAUGAUGAUGAGUUCCCAAGUAAUGGGGAAUAUGAUGGGCAAGAGUCAGACAGGAGAGAACCUGAGAUUAUUCUGAAGCAUCUGGAUCAUAUUAACAUGUUGGGUCUCAACAAAACUACUAUUCGGCUACGGUUUCUGGUCAAUUGGCUUGUAACCUCAUUGCUGCAAUUAAAGGUUUCUGGAUCAAAUGGUGAGGACAGUGUCUCCCUAGUUCACAUUUAUGGGCCCAAAAUAAAAUAUGAGCGAGGUGCAUCUGUUGCAUUCAAUGUGAGAAACAGCAGCAAUAGGGGUAGUAUUGUAAAACCAGAAAUUGUGCAGAAACUGGCUGAGUUGCACCAUAUUUAUCUUGGGAUUGGCAUCCUCAGUCAUAUUCGGAUUUUAGAUGGUUCAAAACAGCAGCGCAGAUCAUCUAAUCUCGACGACACUGGAAUGUGCAAGCCAAUGGAUAAUGGCAGACAGCAUGGCAAAACUGGGUUCGUUAGAGUCGAAGUCCUCACUGCAUCGCUUGGUUUUUUGACUAACUUUGAAGAUGUGUACAAAUUGUGGGCAUUCGUCGCUAAAUUUCUGAACCCAGAAUUUAUCAACCAGAGUCUCCUCCAAACGGUUGCAGAAGAGGCUGAGGAGGAUUGAUGGUUCAAGCCAAAAGGGAAUUGCAGAUUCAAGUCAGAUUCUUAGCCCCUCUCUUCUUCUUGGACUCAUGUAGGAUUAUUUGUUGAUUCUUGUUUUAACUUGCUCAAGUUUUUUUCUUUUAAGUUCUGGUUUUUUGGUAUUUUGAUGUGGAGUUGGAUUUAGAAAUUAAAUCUGUAUUAUCUCUAGGUAGUGAUGAUGAACUAAAGCAUUUACUACAAAAUGUUCUUAGUAUCCUCCUCUGCAUUUUGUUACGCGAGUAUUUAUCAGUAU